CAAAAAAAAAAUUACUUUCAUAAUUCUUAUCGACAAUUGGUUUCCCUCGAAAACCAAUCAACCAAAGAGCAAGAGAAAAAAAAACACCACCUCUCUCAAUACUCUCAUACACUUCUUCGGCACCUCACACUCUCAAGCUCUUCUUCACCACCUCCACUGAUGCUUCCUUGCCAGAUUCUCUCGGCCCCUUCCCCACAACAGAAGGCUAUGUCUUCAACUGUUACUUUCAAGGGUUGGAGAGUUCCACAGUGGAACUAUAAGUCAUGGGUUGAAAAGAUGUCUUCUUCCCACGAAGCCGUCUGGAGAAAAGCUGGAAUCUUCGACGCUGUUGUUGCAUCGACGCGAAAGAUCAUCAGAAACGCAGAUCUCGUUUUGGGGAUUGCUGAGAAAUGGUGUCCUGAAACCAAAACCUUCGUCUUCCCCUGGGGUGAAGCUACCAUAACCCUUGAAGACGUUAUGUUGCUUUCGGGGUUCUCUGUUCUGGGCACACCGUUUUUUGCUACUCUGGAUAGCUCCGGGGAGAGGAUUCUGAAGAACCUAAACGACGAAUGGUGUGAGAUUCGACGAAGAGGUAACGUAAGUUGGGUCACACAAAAGACAUGGAUGGAUAGAUUCAUGAACGCUGGGGAUGAACUAGAGCAUGUAGGCUUCCUUUCUUUGUGGCUUAGCUAUUUUGUCUUCCCAUCAACUUUCCCCAAUGUCUAUCAAGCUGUUUUCCCUAUUGCUGUUCAUCUCUCAAUGGGUACUAAAUUAGCUCUUGGUCCUCCAGUUCUGGCUCACUUGUAUGCAGACCUAGCUCUCCUACAAAAACACAUCAAAGAUUCAAGCAAAGAGGACACUGUUGUUGCCAACAUUGGUGUGACUGCCUUGUUUAAGUUGCUUCAGGUUUGGACAUGGGAGAGAUUCAAGGAACUACAGCCACAACCUAAUCCGUUGCUAAAAGAUGAUCAGCCAAGAUUGGCUCUUUGGAGUGACCUGAAACAAGAAACCACUGAUGCGAGACAGAUACUGGAAAACUCGGAAAUGGACAGUUUUGAGUGGCGUCCUUACACAAAAACUGUGGGCAACUGGAAAUUUCCUCAGUUUUACCCGGAGAAAGCUAUCUCGGUUCCUGUUUCCCCGAGUCUUGAUGAUGAAUUCAUCUCCUUUGCUCGAUGCAACAAGGUGUCUCUCCUUGUUGGAAUGGACAACGUGGAGUCUUACUUCCCCAAUAGAGUGGCUUCACAGUUUGGGAUGCUUCAGGAUAUUCCUUCUAUUGUUCCCCCGAACAACCUUUCAGAGGAGGCAGCUUGGAAUGAUUAUAAUAAGCCUAUCAGUGCUAUGGAACUAUACAUUCCUUCCCGUUCUACAGAACCUUGUUUUACUCCAACGUUCAGUGAGUGGUGGAGGAAGACGUUUCCAGAGUUACAGUAUUCUUCUAAGGAGAAGGGUAUUGUUGUAUAUGCUGGAACCUCGAAGACAAGAAACAUCAUAGGUGAUAAUCAUUGUACUAGCAUUGUUCCUUCAGGCUCCAUGAUGAACAGCACAAGCGAUGAGGAUGAUGAAAUGAGUGUUGCUGAGUACUUAAACAGGAAACGCAAGUGCAUGGAGCAAGCUCAUGUCGGGAGAGGCAAGCGCACGAAUCAAGCUCGUAAGAAGAGACGCAAGUACAUGUUUCUGUCUCAUCAAACAGGCUCUGAAAAUGUGGCUGAUGGAAGUGGAUGCGAGGCAGGAGAUGAUAUUGCUAUGACCCCAUUUGUUGAAAACAACUCUUCUGAUCCUCCCCUUGGUGCUAAUGAAGAAGUACGUGACAAUGUUAUGCAUGGAAGCAAUGCAGAUCUGAUGGAUGAUGGUAGCAUGGAACCAAAGCGUUUGUUCCAAGAGGAUGGUGUCAUGGUAGGAAGCUGUGCAGAGGAGAAGUUGUGCAGUAAUGAAGCUGAGAAGGAAGAUAAUGUUGCUGGUAAUAACUGGUUCAUCGGUGCAGGUGAUGACCCAUACGGAAAGAGAAUUGAAAAGAUGAAAGAGCAGGCGUCAUCGUUGGAAGAGCGUAUGGACAAGGCACUAAAAACUGUGGCAUGGUUGAAAGAGAAGAGAGCCCAAAAACUGAGAAACAUCGCAGCUGCUCGUUUGAUCUAAAUGCAAGGAGAAGAAUAUUUAAAGAACAAAUUUCAUUCAAGUCCUUUGGGUGAGAUUUUGGUUGACUAUCUUUUGAUUUUCAUUUUCCUUUUUAAU